AUGGGCUUCAGGGCGGUGCUGCUGUCCUUCCUCCUGGUAUCUCUCAGCUGCUCCAGAGGAGCCAUCAUCACAGGGGCCUGUGAGAAAGACGUGCAGUGUGGUUUUGGUUUUUGCUGUGCUGUCAGUCUUUGGCUGAGGGGCCUCAGGAUGUGCGUCCCUAGAGGUGUUGAAGGGGAUGAAUGCCACCCGUUUAGCCACAAGGUGCCCUACCCAGGGAAAAGGCAACAUCACACCUGCCCCUGUCUCCCCCACUUGGUGUGCACCAGUUACGGUGAAAGCAAGUAUAGAUGUACUGACGACUUCAAAAACCUGGACUUUUAACAGAUGCCCAACAUUCAGAUGAAAAAGAGCAGAGCAGAAACAGCAUCCUGAGUGAAGACAUGAAUAGGGUGUGGAUCAGAAAUGCAUAUUUAAUCUUCACUGGCUGUAUUCUUUGUGUGUGUUUAUACUAUAAUACAUAGUUUGGAUUCUAUCAAUACACACAUCAAGGACAGAAACGAAAAUGUCAAGAGAGUGUAACCUAUUAACAAGAGCCACAGCAGACAUCUGACACUUUUUACUUAAAAAAACAAAGAAGGUAUUUGUGAAACAAUUGAAACAUUUGCUGUUUUGUUUUCAUGUUCACUUU